UAAUAAUAUAAUACACGCUAAGAAUACGCGCAAAGGACAUAAUUAUACGGCAGUGCUUGUGGGAGGGACAAUUGAUGUUUGUGAGUUGUUUGAUUUGAGGGCAGGCUUUUGUUAAUAUUCAUAAUUAGGAGGAGACCAAUUUUAAGUUUAUUUCGGUGGUAUAGGGAAUACAUAGGUUGUUCAGUUUCUUUGGUGGAUCUCUAUUCCUACGUAUGGAUUGUGCUUGUAAGUAUUAGGUUAUGGGUACUUUUUAUUGCGGAAUAUCGUUUGACGGGAAGUUGAUUACACUGACUGGAAUAGAUGUAACGUACUCUGUUAUACGAUAGAUGCUUUUUAUUGCCGAGCUUAGACUGGUUGCUUAAAUUUAGCUGUCUCUUGGACUGGUUGUUUCUCGGGAUCGUGGAGAGAUAUAAAAUGGAAUCUUCAAUUUCUCCCUAAAAAUAAGGCAGGCCAUGUGCUAUAAUAUUGUUAUUAUUAUUAUUAUUAUUAUUUUGAUACUAAUUCCAAUGUGGUCUCUAUAUAACACAUCAUUACAUCAUUAACUGUCGUUAACUCACCCACAUUAUCAGUUUGUAAUUCGGUGAUAGACCAUAUCAUUUCAAGCUCGUUGUUAAUUUUUGUCUCUAACACUUUGUGUUGUCAUGACUUUAUCCCUGAUGUCACAUUGUCUUCCACAUUAUUUUUGAUCAACCUGAUAUUUGCGUGCAAUACCUAGAGCUAUCUAUCUCUUACGUCAACUAAAAGUAUCUCGCCAUAGAAGGCAUACCACAGCAUUCGUUGUACAGUCAUGAUUACUUUCACCCCCCUCGUCAUAAUUAUGUUAAUGCUCUCCACAUUUGUGAUAUCAUUCCAUCUUUCAUACUCUCCUUGGGUGACAUUCUCCGAUGCUAUCGCUCAACUGAUGUCAGGCCAGGAACUACCGGACCCUAACAUUCAUCUCAAAUUUCAACUUUCAACUGAUAUGGCAUGCACUCCCCUUGCAACUAUAUUUAAUUGCCAUCUCCUUACGAUGUUGCAAAAGCCUCCUCUAGAUGUAAGACCUCCGCUAUAUCAUUCAGUGCACGUGGGAUAAAUCUCAAUUGCAGCCCUGACCCCUCCCACCUAUGGCCACUAAUACUUCUCAACGCUAACUGGGACAUUUUAUUAACUUGACGCUAGUGGAAGUACACACAACUUACCACCGGACCUCGAUCACUCUCCGAUGUAAAGCAGAAGCCUACCGUACAGGGAAAAAUUUCGAGGGGCUUAAUUUUCGCUAUCUCCUGAUGUCUCGAUCGUCACUAAUACUGUGGGAAGUCUCAAAUCUUUGACACCACCACAAUAUGGAUAUGUCGAUCAUUGCGCUGGAUAAACAUAAUGAACAUUAAAUCACCUCCCCGGCCUGAUGAUUGAAGCGAAGACAACUUGAACUCGUGAGCACGGCAACACCUAAUACUGGGUCACCUCCCCUGAUGAUUGAAGCGAAGACAACUUGAACUCGUGAGCACGGCAACAUCUACUAGCUGACUCAGCAUCUCACCAUCUCAAUUGCCAUGUGCAUAUUCUAAUUAUAGUAUUAUGGGGUCACUACCCAUUUCUUACUAUUUUAAGUUAUAGUAGUGUGGUCUGCCAUUAAAGUAAAAUGAUUUGAUAAUAGUGCUUGUACUGAAAACUACCUCUGAGAUGUGUUAACGGUCUUAUUGUCCUGGAAACCUCUGAGAUAUGUUAACGGUCUUGUUGUCCUGGAAACCUCUUAUGAACGUUGUUAUAUAGCUGCAUGGUCUUAAUUGUCCUCUUGUAUCUCUGAGAUGUGUUAACUGGUACCUGAGAUGUCUUGUGACUACUGUGGAUUGAACAUUGUGGUUGAACUGGUGUAGCUGGUUUGAACUUUAUUAUUAUUUCGAGGUCCCCUCAAAAGCCUAGGAAAAAAGAACGAAAAAAAGAUUCCCCCCAAAAAAGAUUUUGCUGCCCUCUCGUAAUUUUCGUGUUUGUGUUUGUUGCUUGAUUUUUAGUUGUUUGAUGUUUAAUUUUAUAAUGUUGUAGUAUGGGGCUCCCUGACGAGUUUGGAUUUAGUUCUUCUGCUUCAAUCUGGUAAUCUUGCCUUGUACUUUGGGGAGUGGGCCGAUCCUUGAUGGUGUGUGUCGUAGAUUUAUCAGUAGUAAUAGCAUCGCACAUAGCUAGUGGCUUAUUGGUAGUAGUCGUUGUCGGGGUGUUUGUUGCCAUCGAUCCAUUAAUACGAGUAGUCUCUUAGUUUAUGUUGGUGGAAAGCCGUGGAGACAUGCACGGGACUAAACUUACUACCUCUCGUAUUACUCGUAGUAGCUCCCUCUGCAAGAAAAUAAAAUAUUGUGAUAAAUAAUCGUUAACAUGAGUAACAAAAUGUUAUAUAGCGAUGAAUAAUCAACAUGUCUGUAAUAAACUUAAGUUAGUUUCGAGAAGCUGCUCUACUGUUGUUAUAAUUAUGUCCCUGCCCUCCCGAACCCGCGGCCGUGCCUAAGUCCGUACCUCCUUGAUCUUCUAUGUCCGUGGGAUAUUUGUUAGAUCGUAGCCAAAUUGCAUAGUCUAAGUUUCGGAGUUGAUUUUCAACAAACUUUAUGUUGGGGCUGGGUACGAGGGCGUCUGUAAAUUGAAGAAUCAUAGAUAAAAAGAUCACGGAUAAAAAAGGCUCAGAAGUUGAUCAGUCCUUAACCACAUACAAUUAAAGGAGUGGGCUGUCAAGCAUAACAAACUUAGCAAAUACGGCUUUACAUGGAUGCCAACUGCAUGCAGUCGUUACUGACAUCAUAGGUAAUGGUCGUGAUUAUGUUGAAAUUAUGAGCUCCAGAACCACACCCACAUUACCUGUCUUACAAGCAUCCAGAAAUGCCUGCAUGGGAGAAAAUACAUUAUUAGUAAACACCCAAUGACAAGAAUUGUAUGUACAUGUUAUAAUACUGUUCAAGAUUCUAUAGCCAGGUUUCCUGGUAAUGAUCGUCAAUUUUGUAAUCGUUUAAUGAAAAUAGUUAGCCUUGAGACUGUUGAAAUUAUGAGCUCCAGAACCACACCCACAUUACCCGUUUUACAAGCAUCCAGAAAUGCCUGGGAGAAAGUACGUAAAAGAUUGAAUGACAAAAAUUGUAUAUAUUCGAGAUUCUAUAGGUUUCAUGGUAAUGAUCGUCAAUUUCAAUUUUGUAGUUAGCCUUGAUACCUAGACAUAAGUUGGCCUGACCACUCUAAGCUUGCUUACAUACAAUGUCUUGAAAUUAACUUGAUUCGUCAUUGUAUUAGCAACCAUCACGUGACUCUUUGCAAAAAGGAAAAAUGACAAGCGGGAAAUUCAAAAUGUUGUCUACGCAUAUAGCUACGCCAGCAGUGCAACGUUUGCAGCCAUGCAAUUAGUCGGCGUAAUAUAUGGAAAUGGCAUUAUAAUAUCUGCCAUGAAAGUCAAAACUUACUAUGAACUUCCUUCAAGUGCUUUAUGAAGACUGCAUGGCGGUUCAAAAGGAAUGAUCCUUGGUAUCAAUUGGAUGUUUCCAUGUAAACUUCGUCUGUAUGGAAUGAAAUACAAGCUUUAUCAUAGCGACACUAUUUCGUACGCAUGCACAUGACAUAAAAUAGCUAUAAAUCGACUUAGACUGUGUGCUAAGUUUAAUUUUGCUAUACUUACGAUCACGGGAGCUCCAGGCUGUAAAUAACAUCGUGGGCACACCAAUGACUCCGUACUUCCACUUCGUUUCAGUACGCUAACGAUCAUUUUGUGGGUAAGCCGCUGUACAAAGAAUAAUCAUUGUUAAGUUAUGAAACUACUUGCAUUGCUAUCAGCAUAGCUCUAGCUAGCCUCGAUCCUAGGCCACACUUUCUCGAAGGUGAGCUCUAGCUAGCCUUGAUCCUAGGCCGCACUUCCUCGAAGGUGAGCUCUAGCUAGCCUCGAUCCUAGGCCGCACUUCCUCGAAGGUGAGCUCUAUAGCUAGCCUCGAUCCUAGGCCGCACUUCCUUGAAAGUGAGCUCUUGCUAGCCUCGAUCCUAGGCCGCACUUCCUUGAAGGUGAGCUCUUGCUAGCCUCGAUCCUAGGCCGCACUUCCUUGAAGGUGAGCUCUUGCUAGCCUCGAUCCUAGGCCGCACUUCCUUGAAGGUGAGCUCUUGCUAGCUAGCUAAUAUUCAUUGCAAUUAGCGUAAUUAUAAUCUAUUAUAGCGAGCUAUAGCUAGCUGCAUAAAUACAGUAUAAGUAAGUAACACUUACGGAAUUUUUGUGCUCGAGUCCCUUCUGAGUGGAGGGCAGCAUAAGUGGUGGAGCGAGAGUGAGUGUAGUGGGUGACGUGUGAAGAAGAUGACGUGGGUGUGGUGUGGGUGUUGGGUGCGGCACGGCGGCCAUAGUGAAUAGUAGUAGUAACAAAGGGGAAUUUAAGGAUGCAAUUUGCCUGCGCUAUGGCUGGACACUACAAAACACACCCAGAAGGUGUAACUGUGGCAAAGUGUUUGAAAUAGAUCAUGAAAUGACCUGCCCCAUGGGAGGAUACCCCACUUUACGCCACAAUGAAAUCAGAGACAUGACGGCACAAUUGCUCACUGAAGUUUGCUCAAACGUGGCCACAGAACCUCACCUUCAACCACUCACAGGUGAAUCCUUCCGCUUAGCCUCAACAAACAUAAAUGACGGUGCAAGACUCGAUAUACGCGCAAGAAGCUUCUGGACCGCAGGACAGGACACUUUUUUCGACGUAAGAGUGUUCCACCCAAACGCUCCAAGCAACAGAUCGAGAAGGCUCUCUGCAGUCUAUAAAAGGCAUGAAGACGAGAAAAAAACAACUUAUGGCCAAAGAAUUCUUGAAAUAGAACAUGGUGUGUUCACCCCACUGGUGAUGUCAACCUCCGGAGGCAUGGGUAGAGAAGCACAGACUUUUUACAAAAGACUUGCAGAUAAGCUAGCUCAAAAAAAAGAAAUGCAAUACAGCAUACUAAUGGGCUGGCUAAGAUGCAAAAUCUCCUUUGCUAUCCUGAGAAGUGCAGUAAUGUGUAUUAGGGGAAGUCGAUCCUCAAAGAACCACCCAAUCAAAGACAACAUGGACAUUAACCUAGCCUGCUCUGAGGGCAAUGUUCCCCAGGCCAGCAGCGGCGAAGAAUAAACUUAUUAAACUUUUUCUCAACUUUUCUACAUUACAAAUUUCUGCCAUUACAUGUGUGUUGUUGCCUACUGCUAAGUAGUAAAUAGUAGUGCGGUUAGUGAUAGCAGUUAGUUAGUUGACAGUCUUCCUUCCUCGUUUCUCCCUUGAUAAUCCCGACUGACUGAGUGCGUGCAUUGCGCUUUAUACCUCCCGCCCGCGCAGUGCACGGGAUGUAUGUUUCCAUCCUGCUAUCUGCAAUCAGACAAUCAAUACACAGAACUGAAGAAGAAGCUGGCUCUCUGCAAGUCACUCAGAUUUGCAAGUACUUGGACAUUACAGUUUGAUGGUCGCCACAUACAUCUGAAUGGGGCAAGCAAUCAUCAUGGCAAUGCUCACCAUGACAACAAUAUGGUACAGGAAAACGAUCCUCUGCUUACGGGAGGUAACUUGUACAAAGACUGAGAGAAGGAGUGAUCAGCAGCAAUACUCUGAUGUGUGCAGGAAGACUGGAGUGACUGAUCAACAGCUCGAUCAAGAAAUCCCCAACAGUGACAUCUACUGUGUAGCUGAACACAUUAAGGACAUCUACUGUGUAGCUGAACACAUUGAGAUGACACCUGGCCUGCUUGAAAGACUCGAACUCACUACUGCUGAAAAAGCGAUGCUACUCGAAAGAGAAAGUACGAAGGCAAUCAAACAGGAGUGGGUCAUGCAUUGAGAGUGUAGCAAAGAGGAGACACUGCUACACACAUUUGUAGAUUCAUUGCAGAACUGAACAAAACUGAAAUAAUUACUUUAACGUUUUGUUUUAUUGAUGCUGUUUUAUGUGUCUGCUUAUAAUUAUUGUGA